GCGAAUUUGAGGUCGGUACUCCAUACUAGCAUUGGGCCAUUGGCAAAACUGCUUGACGAUACGGAACGACCGAUCGCGACAACGACGACGGCCUGCCCUCAAUUGAGACCGCAUAUCACCAUGAACUCCCUCCGUAUUGCUCGUGCCGCCCUCCGGGUGCGCCCCACUGCCGUCCGCGCCCCCCUCCAGCGCAGAGGGUAUGCUGAGGCCGUCGCCGACAAGAUCAAGCUCAGCCUUUCCCUCCCUCACCAGGCCAUCUACAAGUCCCAGGAUGUCGUCCAGGUCAACAUCCCCGCCGUCUCCGGUGAGAUGGGUGUCCUUGCCAACCACGUUCCCUCCAUCGAGCAGCUGAAGCCCGGCCUUGUCGAGGUCAUCGAGGAGAGCGGCAGCAACAAGCAGUACUUCCUUUCCGGUGGUUUUGCCGUUGUCCAGCCCGGCUCUAAGCUCAGCAUCAACGCCGUUGAGGGUUACGCCCUUGAGGACUUCAGCGCCGAGGCCGUCCGCGCCCAGAUCGCCGAGGCCCAGAAGAUUGUCAGCGGUGGUGGUAGCCAGCAAGACAUUGCUGAGGCCCAGGUUGAGCUCGAGGUCCUCGAGUCCCUCCAGGCUGUUCUCAAAUAGAUGUAUCACCAUCCUUAAUCCUACCCCCAUUGUAGCAUACACCAUGAUUUCCUAUCUUAGUUAAGGAGACAACACCUGAACAUGCUGCUUUGAGUGUGC